CGGCAGAGGCUUCCCGGGGCAUAAGACCUUCAAAGAAAGUCUCAGAGGAGCCAAGACACGCUACCAGGAACUUUCGUCGCCUUUUAAAAUUGUCAGAUAGACAAGUAAAAACAGUAGCUAACUAAGGGAACAAUGGACUCUUGUGACAUGUGUAACUCUUCCAGGUACCCCAACACUAAAGACCCCGUGGUUCCUGUCGCCAUGGCCUGAACGUACUCAACUCCAGCCCCGGGACUGACCUCUCUCCCUGAGCUUUGGAGCGGGUUUGGACCUAGCCGUUGCAAGUUGAGGACAUCGCGAGCCAGAGGUGCAGGCAGCGAGGCGCCCAACAGUAGAAUGCAUCUUCCUUCCCGCGGGCAGAAGCCGUCAAGUCUGGAGUCCGCAGCGGGCGCGCGGGCCAGCCCAGGGAUACUGAGCCAUGAGCAACCAGGCCCACCUACAGCCGCGCCAUCCAAAGCCCUCCUCCCCCGAAUCAGCAACAAUUUUUGCUCCACCGUUUUGUUUCGGGAACCAGAUGCGUUUUCAGAAGACAGUACUCCAGUGAUAAGGUAUCUACACCACGUAAUAACUGUACCUGGUAAGGAGAUUUAAUAAGGCUGAGGGUGGUAUUAAGUUUCUCAGAACAGACUCAUCUUUGCGGAUGCAGUUGCAGAACAGGAAACAGACCCAGGGAGAAGUUUAGGUCCCCCCAAAUCUCAUUGGCCCUCCGCACAAGCCAAGCCACAGCCACUCCUGCCACACAAUCGGAUUGCUUUCAGCACUCGCAGCCGUGGACCGCCGUGCAGUCCUUUCCUCUGCAGUGAGCUGAUUUGCUCUGCCAGCAGCUGUCGGUGCCGUACUCGACACCGAGUCCUAGCCAGGCGCUCACAGAAUACGCGCUCCCUCCCUCCUCCUUGUCUGUCCCCCGCCCCUCGCUCACUCCGGCCCACUCCAGCGGCGACUUUGAGGGAUUCCCUCUCUGGCGGCCUCUGCAGCAGCACAGCUGGCCUCAUUCGGGGCACUGCGAGUAUGGAUCUCCGAGGAAGAGCGGUCCCCAGCAUCGACAGACUUCGAGUUCUCCUGAUGUUGUUCCAUACAAUGGCUCAAAUCAUGGCAGAACAAGAAGUGGAAAAUCUCUCAGGCCUUUCCACUAACCCUGAAAAAGAUAUAUUUGUGGUGCGGGAAAAUGGGACGACGUGUCUCAUGGCAGAGUUUGCAGCCAAAUUUAUUGUACCUUAUGAUGUGUGGGCCAGCAAUUACGUAGAUCUGAUCACAGAACAGGCCGAUAUCGCAUUGACCCGGGGAGCUGAGGUGAAGGGCCGCUGUGGCCACAGCGAGUCGGAGCUGCAAGUGUUCUGGGUGGAUCGCGCAUAUGCACUCAAAAUGCUCUUUGUAAAGGAAAGCCACAACAUGUCCAAGGGACCUGAGGCGACUUGGAGGCUGAGCAAAGUGCAGUUUGUCUACGACUCCUCGGAGAAAACCCACUUCAAAGACGCAGUCAGUGCUGGGAAGCACACAGCCAACUCGCACCACCUCUCUGCCUUGGUCACCCCCGCUGGGAAGUCCUAUGAGUGUCAAGCUCAACAAACCAUUUCACUGGCCUCUAGUGAUCUGCAGAAGACGGUCACCAUGAUCCUGUCUGCGGUCCACAUCCAACCUUUUGACAUUAUCUCAGAUUUUGUCUUCAGUGAAGAGCAUAAAUGCCCAGUGGAUGAGCGGGAGCAACUGGAAGAAACCUUGCCCCUGAUUUUGGGGCUCAUCUUGGGCCUCGUCAUCAUGGUAACACUCGCGAUUUACCACGUCCACCACAAAAUGACUGCCAACCAGGUGCAGAUCCCUCGGGACAGAUCCCAGUAUAAGCACAUGGGCUAGGGGCCAUUAGGCAGGCACCCCCUAUUCCUGCUCCCCCAACUGGAUCAGGUAGAACAACAAAAGCACUUUUCCAUCUCGUACACGAGAUACACCAACAUAGCUACAAUCAAACAGGCCUGGGUAUCUGAGGCUUGCUUGGCUUGUGUCCAUGCUUAAACCCACGGAAGGGGGAGACUCUUUCGGAUUUGUAGGGUGAAAUGGCAAUUAUUCUCUCCAUGCUGGGGAGGAGGGGAGGAAGGUCUCAGACAGCUUUCGUGCUCAUGGUGUCUUGGCUUUGACUCUCCAAAGAGCAAUAAAUGCCACUUGGAGCUGUAUCUGGCCCCAAAGUUUAGGGAUUGAAAACAUGCUUCUUUGAGGAGGAAACCCCUUUAGGUUCAGAAGAAUAUGGGGUGCUUUGCUCCCUUGGACACAGCUGGCUUAUCCUAUACAGUUGUCAAUGCACACAGAAUACAACCUCAUGCUCCCUGCAGCAAGACCCCUGAAAGUGAUUCAUGCUUCUGGCUGGCAUUCUGCAUGUUUAGUGAUUGUCUUGGGAAUGUUUCACUGCUACCCGCAUCCAGCGACUGCAGCACCAGAAAACGAUUAAUGUAACUAUGCAGAGUUGUUUGGACUUCUUCCUGUGCCAGGUCCAAGUCGGGCGACCUGAAGAAUCAAUCUGUGUGAGUUUGUUUUUCAAAAUGAAAUAAAACACACUAUUCUCUGGC